AUGAUGAAUCAGUGCGCAGUGUUUGUUUGCGUCAUCGCUGCCAUUACGGCAGUCUACGGUCAAAUGAGCAAAGAUGAGCCGAUGAAACGCAACGACUACUCGAGAGAUAUCAUGUCUUUCGGAAAACGAUCGGCUUCGGAGAACACGUACGAACGCAACAUCAUGUCGUUCGGAAAACGACAACCCAACUACAAUCGUGACAUUAUGUCAUUUGGCAAGCGAGCAAGCAACGGAUUCGAAAGGGACAUCAUGAGCUUCGGCAAACGGAUCCCAUCGUACGAUCGUGAGAUUAUGUCAUUUGGAAAACGAUCUCUAUCGAAUUUCGAGCGUCCAAUCAUGGCGUUCGGCAAGCGCAGUGCUGAUGACUACGAGAGAAACAUCAUGUCGUUCGGCCGACGAAAAUAA